UUUACCUUCCCAAUAUGGCGGCUAUGGACGUGGAAGAAGAGAGUCUCCUGGCUUCUGUGUUCAGGGAGAGUUUCCCGGAGACCUGGAGAGAAAGCCCAGACUUCUCCUGCUAUCUGUUGGAGCUAAGCUCGUAUGGGGUCGAAAAGUUAAGACGGGAACCCGAUAGGCUGAGUGAGGAAAGGGCUCAAAUCCUCCAGCAGACCCGUGAGCUGGCGUUUAGCAAUUACAAAACCUUCAUCCGUACGGCUGAGUGCACUGAGCUUAUAUACCGGGACUUCGGCCAGGUGGAGACUAGUGUGUCCCUGCUACUAGGGAAGCUACCUGGCUUCCAGGAGAGCUGCAGAGGUUUCAUAAAGCAGGCAGAGGAGAUCAGCUCAAGCCGACGCAUGAACACUUUGACCCUAAACAGACAUACAGAGAUACUUGAGAUCCUAGAAAUUCCACAACUUAUGGACACUUGUGUGAGGAACGGUUAUUAUGAAGAGGCGCUGGAGUUGGCGACGUAUGUGAAACGUCUUGAGAAAAAACAUUCUACAAUUCCUGUCAUACAGGGAAUAGUUAACGAAGUGCGCCAGUCUACACAGCUUAUGUUGACCCAACUCCUUCAUCAGCUCCGCAGCAACAUCCAGCUUCCUGCCUGCUUGCGAGUAAUUGGGUAUCUGCGUAGGAUGGAUGUGUUCACAGAGGCCGAGUUACGGAUCAAAUUCUUACAGGCCAGGGAUGCCUGGCUGAGAUCUCUGCAGAGCUCCAUCCCACAGGAGGACCCAUACUUCCAUCUUACCAAAACCAUAGAGAGCUGCCGUGUGCACUUGUUUGAUGUUAUCACACAGUACCGUGCCAUCUUCUCUGAUGAAGACCCCUUGUUACUCCCCUCCCCACCCACAGGAACCCUGCCUGUAAAUGAGAGUGCAAUAUUCCAUGGUUGGGUGCUACAGAAAAUUAGUGAAUUCCUGCAAGUGCUUGAGACAGACCUUCAUCGAGGGGUUGGUGGGAGGCUGGACUCUCUCUUAGGCCAGUGUAUGUAUUUUGGACUAUCUUUUAGCCGUGUAGGUGCAGAUUUUCGUGGACAGCUUGCUCCCAUUUUCCAUCGUGUGGCAGCAGAGACUUUUGCUCAGGCAGCACAUGAGGCUGUGGAAAAGUUCCAGGAGGAAAUGAACAUGUAUACUUUGAUCUCUGCUCCCUCAGCCCUAGGUGGAACUGUCCAUCCCGGUCCAUUGCCUACUACACAGCCAGGAACCCUACAGCCUCCCAUGGUACUACUAGACUUCCCUCCCCUUGCCUGCUUUUUAAACAACAUUCUUGUGGCCUUUAAUGACUUGCGACUCUGCUGUCCUGUAGCACUGACAGAAGAGGUGACAUCAACUCUGCAAGAUGCACUAGAGAAGGUUGUUAAAAUCAUUCUGGCAUUUCACCGAGCAGAAGAUGCUGCAUUUAGUCCUCAGGAGCGUGAGCUGUUUGUCCAGUUUUGUACAGCAUUCCUGGAGGAUCUGACACCGUAUCUGAACCGUUGCCUGCAGGUUCUCUUCCCACCUGUGCAAAGAGCACAGAUUCUCGGUGUUGCACCAGCCCACCUUUCCCGAUAUGGCAACCUGGGUUCCAUUGAUGUCAAGGUCCUACAUGAUUCAUUGGAAGGAAUAUUACCACAGAAAGAACCAGUGCUGCUGACAGAAAAAGAUCCGGUACCCAGUGAGCAAAACCCGGUUGAAACUGUGCUUGAAAGUACAUUUGCUCCCACACAGGGGCUUAUAGAAGAUAAUGAGAAGGUAGAAGAAGUGACAACAUGAGACACACACCUCCUUUAGAUGAUACUGCUGGAGAAGCUUUGUGGCUUCAUUCAGAAGAAAAGGAAUCAACCUCUACAUCACCAGGAUUAAUGGAUUAUGGUCCUUACUUUGCUGUGGGAGUUGGGUUAAUUCAAACCUAGUUAAUACUGUUAAAUGGGACAAAUGGUGUUUAAAGCUUAUUUAAUUUAUGGAUUUUAGUAAUGAUCAAUAAAAUGCUAAACUCCCUAUAACAUUCUAUAAACGGCUAUAGAUCCCUAGUUCUUCCAAACAAAUAUUUAAUUGUUUAACAAAAAAAUCCAUGUUUUCCAAGCACUUUAUUAUCGAUUUUCAGAAUUCAGGAUAUUGUUGUCUUGGAGUUAAAUACUUUGUUCACUCAAGCUGGCUCUUUGUCCUUAAUUAUUUAUAUCUUGUAUUCAAGAUCUGCCUGAUCUAUCAUUAAAGGGAACAAUUUAAUUGAAAGCUCUUCAGCUCACUUAGGGGCAUUCCAGAAAAAUAUUACUCCACUCUUUGAAAAUCAACUUACAGAAUGAUAAAGAGGACAAUAAGAAAUCAGAAUGAUCUGGGCAAAUAUUCUAUGUAAUGUGUUGUAAUAUCUACAGCAGAAUAAAUUACUUGGACUUAUUUUAA